GCCGCGCGGUGAUGACGCACGCGCGGCAGCCCCGCAGCGCCCGCCAUGAAGGCGACCCCGCUCUCCAACUGCGAGCGGCGCUUCCUCCUGCGGGCCAUCGAGGAGAGGAAGCGCCUGGACGGGCGGCAGUGCUAUGACUACCGGAACGUGCGCAUCUCCUUCGGCGCCGACUACGGCUGCUGUGUCGUGGAGCUGGGGAAGACCAGGGUUCUUGCACAAGUCUCCUGUGAGCUUGUUGCCCCCAAGCCCAGUCGGCCCACCGAAGGGAUUCUUUUCUUUAAUCUUGAGCUCUCACCAAUGGCUGCACCUGGUUUUGAGCCUGGCAGGCAAUCUGAGUUACUGGUGAAACUGAACAGACUGAUAGAACGAUGCCUGAGAAAUUCCAAAUGUAUAGAUACUGAAUCUCUCUGCGUUGUUGCUGGUGAAAAGGUCUGGCAGAUUCGUCUGGACCUGCACCUGCUAAAUCACGACGGCAACAUCGUGGAUGCCGCCAGCAUCGCGGGGAUCGUCGCUCUCUGCCACUUCCGCAGGCCAGAUGUGUCCCUGCAGGGGGAGGAAGUGACUGUGUACACUCCCGAGGAACGUGAUCCUGUCCCCUUGAGCAUCCACCACAUGCCUAUUUGUGUCAGUUUUGCCUUCUUCCAGCAAGGGACCUAUUUAUUGGUGGAUCCAAGCGAACGUGAGGAAUCUGUAAUGGAUGGUGUCCUUGUAAUUGCUAUGAAUAAACAUCGUGAAAUUUGCACCAUCCAGUCCAGUGGAGGGAUUAUGCUGGUAAAGGAUCAGGUUCUGAGAUGCAGUAAAAUAACAGCUGUGAAGGUUGCAGAAAUAACAGAACUAAUACAAAAAGCCUUGGAGAAUGACCAGAAAGUUAGGAAGGAAGGUGGGAAAUUUGGCUUUGCAGAAUCUAUACCCAACCAAAAGAUCACAGCCUUCAAAAUGGAGAGUGCUGCUGUCGACACCAACAACGUGGAAGAACAAGCAGGAGAAAUCAUCACUAAAGCUGACCCUCCUUCAGAAGUUUUUGCCAAACCAAUAUUGCACACUCCGGGGACAGCCCAAAUUGGGGAAGGAAUAGAGAACUCCUGGGGAGACCUUGAAGAAUCUGAGAAAGAAGAAGCAGCAGAAGAGGAAGGUGAAAGUGAGACUACUACUGCUUUUGAAUGUCAUAAAAUGGAAACAGAAACUGAGGGUACAAGUACAAUGACAGAAGCUAAAAAAGAUGAACCUAUUGUACUGUCUGACAGUGAAGAGGAAGAAGUUGUCAUUCUGGAGCCACAGGAACUACCAAAGAAAACCAGAACACAGACCAAGUCAAAACAAGAAAAUACAAGUAAGAAAGCAUUUAACAAAAGGAGAAGAAAGAAGAGAGCUGCUUAUUGAAGACAUCAUCCCUCCUUCAGAAAUGCUGUAUAAAUAUGUAAUGUGGUCUGUUGUUACUGAAAUUAUUUUUGUAGAUAAUUUUAUUUCCUUCCACCCCAUAUCUGGUCCUGCUUUUAUGUAUAUUUUAUAAAACUCUUGUACACAGCUUUAAAUAAAACUAUUUGCAUGUAAGUGAAA